AUGUUGCCGAACUUAGCAUCGGAAUACCUCAACAGGCACAGGCUUCUGUCCAGGAUCGAGGACGCACUGAACACGUGCAUCGCAAGCAACUUGGAUUCGCCUGAGGCAUAUAUUGCAUCGGCUUUGAUGCAGAUGUCCCCCGGCCCAUGCACGAUCACCAAAGUCAUGCUUCUACCUACAAACGAAGUUCUGUAUACCGUGCGCUUUUGCGAGAUCCUUCGAAGCUUCACAUAUCAACUGAAACCGGGCAAUUUUAAUAAGCUCGCUACACUGUGUCUAUCUUCCAUUUCAGUGGGUGCCCUGCCUUCUGAGACUGUCCGUGAGUUUCUUCCUUCACUGUCCUUAUCCACUUCUACGAAUAGUGUGACACCGUCAACUGGGUCCAGAGCGCAAAGUUCGCAGAAAGAUCGUGCCAAGUCUGAGGCAAAAGAAGACUCCAAACAAGACCGGAAUUCGUCUGCAUGCGUGACUACAUAUGCAGAGCCUCUAUUUUUCGAUGAAAAUCUCAAAACUCCUCUGCACGACAUGAACAUAUUCGAAAAGGUAAAUAACAUUUGGCCGCUCCUGCUGAAGCACAUUGGUGGCGACCGUGAGCUAGGCCUAGAGCUAUAUGAACAUCUUUUUGAUAUGAGCCUUCAGAUGCUUUCGUCGUCUCGCAUACUGGAGCUGCGAAGGCGGGCGACAAACGUUAACAGCCUAACGAUAAGGUGUCCCAUCCCGAUGUUUGUUGUGUUUUCAUGGGGCACAAUUCUCAACCUUGCCCUUGUACCAGUGGGCAGUUCUCUGCUCUCAUUUCAGGCAUUAAUUCACGAACUGAACAGUUAUGCCACUAGUACGCUUAUGGGUGAUGGAGCCGCUGGCUCAGGUGCAACCAAGAAAAAAGCUGAUGUGGCCACUUUGUCUGACCCUGGAGCAAUCUUUCCUAUCUUGCUCAAGCAAGAGCCAGGCCUUCACGUCUCAACUGAAAAUCCUGCGACAGUGAGACUUCUAGAACUCAAGGACGAAUAUUUCGAGAUGCGAACAUUUGACAGCGUGAGGCCCACCGUAAGGGAGAAGACUGCAGGAGCGCAAAUCAACAGGCCCAGUGACCGGCUAAGAAAGUACUUUGGUGUAGUCGCCAUCUUUCGUGCUUUGGUCGAUAUUCUUCAAAAGACCAAUGAAGACUGGAGGCGUUCGGCCAAGAUACAAGUCACAUUAGACUUACCAGAGAUAGUAGCCGAUAUGAAGUGCGUUACAGCAAAUGCUGACGACGUACUAAGGGAGCUGAAGGAACGAGUGGAUGCGGUUUACCCUAACUGCAGAUCCAUCACUCCCAAUUACUCUAGCAUGGUUGGAUUCCUCAACUCCUUUGAAGCCCGCCCGCUUGUUUCUGAAUUCGAGCUGUUCCUGUUCAACAUUCUCCUGAGCCAGAAAUGGGGCCAUUUGGACAUGUCGUUUACUGACUGUAAGAACGUUCCGGAGGAGUCUGUCAGCAUAGAAUACGACCCUGUUGCUGAGGCUGCCAAGCAAGAGGUAGCACAGGCCGCACCAAAGAAGGGAACUAAGCAGCCGCCACCACAAGCUCAGCAAAGCCCUCCAGGAGCUGCAGACGACUCUGGCUACAAGCCCCCUAUCGUUUACCAAUCUUACUCCAAGGAAGCUGUGGCUCGCCAAAUAUUGACGUCCAUGUCCCAAAGCAUGGCGCUGACCGAGGUCUCAAGGCAGGUCGGAGCUGUGCGUCCAGAGGAAGCGACUGUGUCGCUCUCUCUGUUCUUUGAUAGCAUGCCCCUGGUAAGUGCUCUAAAUACUAAGCUUGCCAAGUACUUUCCCGUCCUUAGCGCGCAAGUCAAAGCAAACACGAGGCAAUACACGAAGACUCCUGCCAUUUGUGCCCUCGGUCAGGCCGAAUAUCUUGAUGCUGUGUGCAUACAUUGCCACAAUCUGGAGCCCGCAAAGGCCCUUCACUACCCAACAAAACUGAUGCUACCCCAGGGAUCACGCGAGAGCACCUCGUCGAUAGCUGGCCAGGCUUCCAUAAUGAGCUUUAGAGGGGGCGAGAGGCAAAUGGGUAUCACGCCGAGAGCAGGGUCUAGGUUCGCUGGCCCUGGGUCCCAGGUCUCUGCGUCUGAUCAGCGCGCGACGGCUUGUCUGAGCAAGGACAGCGUCGCAGAUGCUGGAAGAGGUCUUACGCGAACAACGCUCCUAGAUGAUUCUGCAUCUAUCAGUAAAAGCCUCAGCCUAGUAGAUGAAGUCAGCAUAUGUGAGGAGCCGACUAGCUUUAAGGGGAUAGUGUUGUCUUACCAGGACAACGAGUCCACUGUGCUGACCACCGAGAUAGAGAGUAUGCCAGGAACCCAAGCAAACGAGGACGUUUCGCAGCGUGAGACUCCAAAGGAAAAGGGGAAAGAGAAAGAAGCGCCAAAGGCCAAGGACGUAGGCGCCGUGAGUGAAAACAGCUACAUAAACAGGGUUACCUGCGCUCUGAUUUAUGGCUACGAAGGACUGCAUAUCAGCAACGUCAAAGAGAUAGACGAGUUUGUCAACGUCUGCAUGUACCUGAAGAGUGAUGGACGUCUCGUUUGA